UGCAAAUCACUAGAAGAAAAAUAAUACUUCAAUCUGAGUAGGAGAAGGAUGAGGAGAACCUCAAUGACCAACUCUUGCGAGAACACGCCGGUGGCCGAUGAACAAGCUCCAGAGAAUCCGAAGGUGAAUGAGGAAGCAAAGCCGAAUGAGAAGGAUGAGGUUGAAAAGGUCGAAUGUAAAAGUACUAGCUCUGACUCUGAUUGGGAGAGUGAUAAGGAUGUAAAAGAAGGAGAUGAGAAGAAAAAAACUACGGAGGUGGUGAAUAAGGACCAACCAAGUAAGACACAAGGAGAUGAUGGCAAUAAAGAAAAUGACGAUGGAGAAAAACUCGAAUGCAAAAGCACAAGCUCGAAAAGUAACUCCGAUAGCAAGAGUGAUGAUGAUAGUAAAAACAGCGAUGAUAGUAAGAGUGAUGAUGAUAGCAAAAGUAGCGAUGAUAGUAAGAGUGACGAUGAUAGCAAAAGUGGAGAUGAUAGCAAGAGUGAUAGUAAUAGUGUAAGCGGGGAUGAUAGCAAAAGUGAAGAUGAAUCGAAAUCCUUGAAGAAAACGGAAAAGAAGAAGAAAAAAGUUUCAAAGAAGAAAAUGAAGAAGGUGGGAUGCCCCUCCACAAGCUCAGAUUCGACAAGUAAGGCAGAUGGAGAAGAAAAGAAAGAACAAGCUUCAAAGGCAACAAAUAAAGACCAAACAAGUAAGAUAGAAGGAGAUAACAUUGACAAAGAAGAAGGCGAUGAAGAGAAACUUGAAUGCAAAAGCAACAGCUCGAAAAGCAACUCAGAUAGCAAGAGCGAUGGUGAUAGCGAUAGUGGGGAUGAUAGCAAAAGUGAAAGUGAAGCAAAGUCCCUAAAGAAAGCCAGUGAAGAUAAUGAGGGAAAUGAAAAGAAAAAGAAGAAGGCGUUGAAGAAGAAGCUGAAGAAGGAGGCAAACAAGAAGAGUGAAGAGAAGGAGAAUGAACCUGAUGAUCAGAGCGUGAAACAAGAGGGAGGUGAACCAAGUGAUACAAAGGAGGAGAAAAGUAUACUUGCGAAGAUUGUGGGGAAAUUGCCUAGUUAUAACUAAAGAGAUCAAAGUUCUCUCUAUAUGUUUUUAUAUAUCUAUCUAUUUACUUAAUUUUCUAAGUUUUAUGGGAAAUAAGUUGAGAACUCACUGCAGUCAUUGCGGUGUGUUCUGUUUCAGUGACUCCUGCUGUAUGGCCUUGCAAUUUGCUUUGUUGUUCACUUGUUAAUUUGUUUGCUUUCACAUAUUAAUAAAUAAGU